AUGGAGGACGUCCAUAGUAGGAGGAGUCCUCCAUUCCCCUCGCCAACGGAGACUCACCCACCUGUCGGACUGUCUCAUACUCAUCAUAUGCAACCUCUCCGAUCGCCUGGCCAUCGACCCCCACACGGUCACCAAUCACAAAAACUGGUGGAUGAACUUGCAGAUAGGGUGGAGGCUCUUGAGAAGUCAUCCCUCCAAACAACUCGCUUGUCGCGCGGUGAUUCUACAGAGCAGACUGUUGGUUUGACGCCCAUUACCGAAGACCCACGAUCAGAUGCCGCGCAAAAGGAAGACCAAGGACGCAGUUCGCACACUCUCAAGGAACUCAGAAGGCAGAUGGAGGAUCUGCUUGUUUACCAACAAAUGCAGCAAACCCAACCCUCGGUUUUGUCUCAGUCUCAAUCUGUCCCUGCCGUCUCGAAUGAUGCGCCCAGAAAGAGGCGCUUGUCCACAACUUUGUCCAAUAGCUCAACAGAAGUUCCCGCCACUGUUGUGCUUUCCUCUGCAGACUCAGCCAGCUCCGUAGGAACAAUCAAAGGCGUUGAAACCGACACACCCCUUGAUCGAAAACCCCAACAGACGCCAUCUUAUCCCUUUCCACGAAUGCAGAACAAGUCAGCCAAAAUGGGGAUCGAGCCUACAGGGCGCGGGGGACAAUUCAGAUUGAAGCUUCCAUCCGAGAAGACUCAUUUCACAGCGCCAGGGUCCCAGGUCCUACCUUCAGAUUCAAAAUAUUUGGAGUCGCAUCCAAUUUUCAUGCCCUCUCACCAUACCCUGAGCCAAGAAGACCCCAAUUUUGCUAGUCCCGAUCUCUAUGACCUCACGUUACAGCUGAAUGCCGAUUCGGGACUGGAAGCGUGGUGGUCCAACCUCAUCGAUAUCAUGCAAACCAACUAUGGGGCCGAACGCGUCUCGCUCGCUGUCCCGGGGGAUGUAACCGAUUUGGAAAAUGUUCCUUGGGGUCAAAAGGCAAUUUUCAACCAGAACGUGGAUACAUCGUUGGAGCAUAUUCAGGCGCGCAGUUUUGAGAAAGGACCGCUGACGGAAACAUCCUACUCGCGCAAAACCACCAUGCAACAGAAGAACGAGACUGUCCCGAACCCGAGCAAAGUGUCUGGUUCUUCUCGGCCAUCUUUAUUGUCUCGGCACUCAUUCGCUGGAUUUGAUAAAAACAAAGGGCAAGCUCCCCCUGAUCUUAGUCAACCACAACCUGCAAAGAUGCAUGCCAAAUCCGAGAAAAAGCACGUACAGAUUGCUUCUCACAACACGUCAGCUAUGGAUCAUUCGAUCGAAGACCACUCUGAGAUCGUAGAUGAUACACUCAACAGUCUUCUUGGUGGUCUGCGGCAGGCUGUGUUUCCAACACCCAGGCCGUUAGAGGUAGAGCCAGACCCUCUCAUCAAGCGUACCGGCGUGGUCAGGCUAUUUGGGCGUACCCGACCCACUGUUUUGACUCGUGAAUAUUCAGAACAUCCGACACAGUAUUCGCAGCGUUGGGCUGAGCCGGCGAAAAGUCCAAAUGAGAUGGUUCAGGUCACUCCCGAUGUCGAUGGUCCCGAGAGCAAAGAAUUGGGACGGAUACAGAUGCAGCAAGGCCUCGGUGCCAUUGGAUUGAAACGGUAUGAUGAAUAUGAGCAAGUUCCGCAAUCUCCGUGGUCUCAGUCUCCUGCGCCAUCGCCCGCCCCACGUACACAUGCAGAUCAAAAUCCGUUCUUCACAAAUCACUCGGUUGAUGAGGGGGCUUUCUCCAAGAACCCGCCUUCACAUGACUACUCUAAUAAUCUUCCGCUGGAAGCGAUCGGGAUUGACCAGUCAAAAACUGUGAUUCAUAUUCCUCUUUUACAUGGUGGUCACUCUACCCGAAACUCCACAUCGACAUUGAGAUUCCCUGUCGCCAUUGUCUCGAUGCUGUGCACAAUCGUGCCUUAUCCCCCUAAUCUCAGACAGUCACUUGCAUUUUUGAUGCCACAUCUAACAUCUUCCUUUUGUUUGGCUCAACGAUAUAGCCAGCUUGAGAGGCAGCUCUCCUCCAAGAUUGAGACUCCCCGCUAUGGACAUCUUUUGGGUCUAGGCGGUACUUUCUCAGAUGCAAGCAGUGAGCUAGAGCUUGUUGCCGGCCUCAGUGGCCAUGUCAGCUAUUCUGUCGGCGACAACAACAACCCGCUGUCUACGCAUACGAGCAUGACUAGCCCGAGUGAUCGUUCAUCUAUCAAAUUUAGCCCUGCCGUUUCUGCCAUUGGAACCCCUGGAUUUGAUCUUGGUCAUAUCGGAUUCGGGUCCGCAACUCAAUCCCCGGGAAUGACAUCACGGUCUGGUGGAGAAGGUGCCGACAGCUACUUCAAUGUUCCGCAACAUAAAGGCGCCCGAGAUAGUAUAUCCCAGGCGAGACCACGGCUUCACAAGUCGAAGACCACCUAUGUUGACCCAUUAAUGUCGAUUUCUCUCGACAAGGUUGCCGGGAAGCCUACCACCUGCGAUGAACACACCCUACAAGAGCAUCCCACCUACGUUGCAUCGCCACUACAGGAUUCCAGAGCACCUAUCGUUAUUUCACCCACUCAGCAAUCUUCACGUCAAGGGUCUACGAACUCGUUGUACGCCCAACUUCAACGGGAGCUUCCGCGCCCGUUCUCUGACACGAUAGCCCAACUAAUGCUCAAUUCGAUUCCAUUGCAUCUAUUCCUAGCCAAACCACAGAGCGGCGAAGUAAUUUGGACUAAUUCAAAGUUCGAUGCUUAUCGAAGAAGUCAGCAUCAACAGGAACAAAAAUUGCGAGAUCCCUGGCAGAAUAUCCAUAGCAGUGAGAAUGAGCACGUUCAUCGCAAAUGGGCCAAUGCGUUGCUCACGGGUGCGCAGUUCACUGAACGAGUACGGGUCCGACGAUUCAACGAUGAAUCAGCGUACCGCUGGUUUAUCUUCCGGGCCAAUCCACUGUUGUCAUCAACAGGGGAGGUAUUGUACUGGAUUGGAUCUUUUCUCGAUAUUCACGAGCAGCACAUCGCUGAGCUCGAGGCUAUUCAAGAAAGGGAAAAGUUUGCCAUUGACGCAAAGUAUCGUGCAUUCUCCAAUUCGAUCCCACAGGUUGUGUUUGAGGCGACGGAGAACCGCGGUUUGAUAUUUGUCAAUGAGCAGUGGAAUCUGUACACUGGGCAAACGCUUGAGGAAGCGCACGACCUUGGCUUUGCGAAACAUGUUCAUCCCGACGAUCUUGCAAAGUGCAGCGGGUUGGCUCUUAAUAGGGCAUCCGAGAAGGCGGACCAAGAUGAUAGUGGGCCUUCUGAAUUCAUGGUCGGAUCAGCUCUGGAUGAACUUGUUAGUCGUGGCGUUGCUUCUUUGCAGAAAGAUGAAAAUGGCCGAGUUUUCUAUUCCACUGAGAUCCGCCUUCGUUCUCGAGGUGGCGAUUUCCGGUGGCAUUUGGUUCGUCUAGUUCGUGUUAAGACUAGCAGUUUCGGGAGUGAGGAAGCCUCCUGGUACGGAACAUGUACCGACAUCAAUGAUCGCAAAAACCUUGAAAGAGAGCUCAACAAGGCCAUGCAACAACUAAAUAACCAGAUGGAGUCUAAAACCAAAUUUUUCAGCAACAUGUCGCACGAGAUCCGAACCCCGCUCAAUGGCAUUCUUGGUACCAUUCCGUUCAUCCUGGAUACCCAACUCGAUAGUGACCAGAGGCGAAUGCUUGACACCAUACAAAACAGCUCCACCAAUCUUCGCGAGUUGGUUGACAAUAUUCUUGACGUGUCUCGUGUUGAAGCCGGCAAGAUGUCGAUGGUCAAAUCCUGGUUCCAUAUCCGGUCAAUGAUCGAAGAUGUAAUUGACACCAUUGCCUCACGGGCGAUCGACAAGGGGCUCGAGAUCAAUUAUCUCAUAGGUGAACACAUGCCAUCGAUGGUAAUUGGAGAUCGCUUCCGAAUUCGCCAAGUCCUGAUCAACCUCCUUGGUAACGCAGUCAAAUUCACUGCACAUGGGGAAAUUCAUAUUAGCUGCGAUAUCUAUCGCGAUCCAACUGCGAGCCCUAGUGACACUCAGGCAUUUAUGAACUUUGAAGUUAUAGAUACCGGAAAAGGGUUCAGUUCCCAGGAUGCCGAACGACUGAUGCAGCGAUUCAGUCAGCUUGGAGAAAAUGGGUCACAACAGCAUGCAGGUAGUGGCCUAGGGCUUUUCCUGUCGAAGCAAUUGGUCGAAAUGCAUGGUGGCAAGCUCACUCCUAGCAGCAAAGAGGGCCAGGGAGCAAAAUUCUCUUUCUACGUCAAGGUCGAUGCGCCUGCGCCUCCCUCACCCUCCGAACAGCCCAAAUUAAUGCGUCAGAGUUCGAGUGCUUCAAGAAGGCCUGCAAAGUCCAGAACGACAUCCUAUCAACAAGCGCCUCCUCUAGCCGCAAGAAACUCCGACUCGUCUAGCAAAAGCUCUGACAUCAACCUUUCUGCCUCAUUUUCGGUCUCGUCUUCUGCUCUUCCGACCCCAGAUAUUGGUCCCGCCCCCCUCCCGCCUCCAUUAGAUCAGACAAGGGCUGUGGUGAACAUGCCAGAUGCAGUGUCGAACACUGAUAUUCAACCUGCUGUCACGAAGCCCGACGCAUCGGCACAGUUAGCAUCGCCCAUGUCACAAGCGUCUGCGUCUCCAGAUGCAUCAAUCGGACGGGUAUCGGUGCCUUCCCACGGCCCAUUCUCUAUCGUCAUCCUCUGCCCGCUCAAGAACUCCCGGCAAGCCAUAAAGCAGCACAUUGAGCAGGUUGUUCCGCGUGAGAUCCCGUUCAAGUUCACAACACUGCCUGAUGUCGAUGAGUGGAAAGAUAUGAUACAUUCUGCCUCCGAUGAUCGUUCUUGCACACAUCUUGUCCUGAACCUCCAGACUGAUGACAUCCUAGAUGUCAUCCAAACUGUGUCAGACUCGGAGUUAAAUCCUGCGCUGGUCGUUGUCAUCAUAUCGGAUCUUUACCAAAAGCGCCAAAUUAGCUCGCGGGUCAAAGAGCUGGCGGCUACUGGGAAGCAGGUUUUCAUUGUACCCAAGCCCGUGAAACCUUCCGCUUUCUCAACGAUCUUCGAUCCUGAGAGCAAGCGUGAGCUGAGCAAAGAUCGCAACCAAGACAUGGCACGCGAGAUCAAUAACAACUUCAAAACUGUCUCGAAGAUGGUCAAAGAAGUUUUGGGUAACAAGGGUUAUCGGGUCUUGCUUGUCGAGGAUGACGAAACCAAUCGUGAUGUCAUGUUGAAGUACUUGGACAAGAUCAAGCUCAUGGCGGAAACUGCAUCCAAUGGACUGGAGUGCACUAACAUGGUGCUCUCCAAAGAACCCGGAUAUUAUUCCCUCAUCAUCUGCGAUAUUCAGAUGCCUAUCAAAAACGGCUACGAUACAUGUAAAGAUAUUCGUGACUGGGAACAAAAAAACCAUUACCCGCAGAUCCCAAUCAUGGCUCUUUCGGCAAACGCAAUGACAGAUCAAAUCGAAAAUGCUGCCCGCGCAGGUUUCAAUGACUAUGUCACCAAGCCGAUCAAACACAAUGAACUAGGCAAGAUGAUGAUGGGACUUCUCGAGCCUGGCCGGCCACUCAUGCUUCUGCGAGACCGACUUGGCCCAGAACACCAACAAGCCCUUGCUGCUCGCCGCUAG